AUGUACAAUAAAACAAAAAAAGUGGCUCCAGGAAAGAAGAAUGAACAGCAAGUCAAAGGAUUUUACAGAGUGUCAGCAAAGAAAGGCAGAUGUGUUAUAGUAUCAGAGCUCGCCUUACGAGGUGUUUCACAUAUAGCCAACUUGUAUGUUUGUCAACUUAGAGCUCCAGACCUGCAAGAAGCAAAAAGGAUAAAAGAUAUUGUCCAUAGGGACACAGACCAUUUCCACAUGUUGACUGAUGAUGAACCUGAAGCAUCUGAAUGUUCCAUGGUGUCUGAUCAUACUUAUGCAAGAGCUAGUCCUGCUGCUGUAAUUGAUUAUACUCAUGGACUGACUGGCGACACAUCUACAGUGAUCAGAAGACCUGUUCCUACCCCUCAUCGUAUGCAAGUUGGCAAAGGAACAAAGAUUGAUUGGAUAACAAAAGAAAUGCGAAAGCAGAUGGAAAAACGCGGAAACAAUCAGUUUGUAUAAUGUGGUUUAAUUAAUACAUCAGCAUUCCUGUGUAACAUCUUGUUAUCUAGUUGAAUAGUAGUUUACUAUGUUUGUUCCACAGUAUUUCAAUCCUCUCCCAAUUUAUCAACAGAAUACACAUUCUAAUUGCUAUUUAUUUAUUAUUUGUAAACAUUUGAGACAUCUAAAACAUCACACACACGCACACACGUACGCACACAAAAUAACAGUUAGCUUGGCUGCUACCAGAGUAUACUUUGUAUUAGAUGUUUACAUGCACAAUCCCUAUGCUAG